AUGCAACUCCCACUCGAUCGCCUCCUAUUCCUCCUAUUUCUCAUCCUAACGCCCGUCACUGCCGUCGGUCCCUCAUGCUUCAAGGUCGUCUCCGCCCUAGUCGGGCGACCAGGUCACCUAUUUAAUAAAUUCCAAAGCGAAAUCUGCGAGCGUGGGUGCCAACCUACCAUCCCGCACUGGGACCUCUGGACCCGGAACAACUCUUUCGUCCCCGCAGUGCGCAGCCUGAUGACCCGCAUGAACGUGCCUCACAAAGAAGAAGCUUUGCUCAAGAUGGGCGACGACGUAGCAGUUAUAAUCAAGGACCGUUGUGCGCCUAUGCUACAUGGUCGACACAUCUGCUCCGAUCCGACCACUCUCGCCGACUUUGGAAACUGCUUCAAGCGCAACUUUGUCAAGGCUUCCAUCAAACAUCUCCCUGUGCUACUGCCCAUGGCAUCGGAGUCGGCAUGUAAAGAACAAUAUCGAUUCUUGCAGGGCGAUGAGUUGUGGGAGGAGACUAUUCCGAACAACAUGCGUGAAUACGCUAGUGUGUGUGAUAAAUUGGGGCCAUUUGAACAUGAUGAGCUGUGA